AUGAUUACUAACACUAUCUGCCUAUAUGUUGACAUAUUUCUGUUUAUCAUUUGUAUCCUACAAAUUCUCGCCAAUUUCGUGGUGCUAUUUGUAUGGUGCACCACAAAGCGACUGCUUCGCAACGAUAACCUUAUUCUACUUGUCUCUCUAGCAUUCAUCGAUUUCGUUUAUGCUGUUCUGCAGUUUCCGUAUCUGGUUGUACUUAUCGCUGGAGCGAAGCCUGACGGUGUCAUGCUAAACUACAAUCCAUGGCUGAUCGUGCCACUUGCCGGACCUUCGAUUGCUCUGAUGAAAUCUGGAUGCACUAUCACGACUGCCAUUGCCUUGGAUCGGAUUUUAGCGAUGUACUGCCCACUACUGUACUAUAGGCAAUCAAAGCGAUACUGGUCAAUCGGAGCAUUUAUUUUUGCGAUAUUUCUUGCAUUUAUCGAUUGGCUUAUUCUACAACUAAUCGUUACUAUUCGUCCAGUACCUGGCUGCAGUUCAUUCGGUUGCUUCACAAACGAUGUACCUGCAACUUCACUUAAGCUACUGUUAUGUGUACACUAA